AUGUGGUAUCUCAAGAGGAGUAUCAAGCAAGCAAGGAGUCUUCUGCGCCUGGGUUUGCAGCAGCGGCACUCCUGGGUCGCUUGUUCCCUCUGCUGCGCCCUGCUUCUGCUCUACUCCUCAAGCGACUGCCGGUCACGCAGCGGAACUACACCGGUGCCCCCUGAUACGUUGACGGAACAGCCAGUCGCUCUGCCGAACGUGGAAGAUUUGCGGAUUUUCGCGUACAGCCUCAACAAGAGGCAGCAGGUGCACCACGAGGAGGAGUUCGGCGCCACGCUGGAGCCCUCGGACCCGGUGAUAGUUGUGCAGGUGCACAACCGGUGGCGCUACCUGGAGAAACUACUGCACAGCCUGUCCAGGGUGCGCGGCAUCGAGCGUGCGUUGAUCGUGUUCAGUCACGACUUCUACGACGCGCACAUGCUCAGCCUGCCCAAGGCGGUCACCUUCUGCAGGGUGAUGCAGAUAUUUUUUCCCUAUUCCACUCAACUUUAUCCCCACGAGUUUCCAGGUGUCCACCCGAACGACUGCCCGAGGAACAUUCAUUACGAACAGGCUCGUAAGAUAAAGUGUAACAACGCCGAUUACCCCGACCAGUAUGGCCACUACAGAGAGAGCAAGUUCACCCAGAUCAAACACCAUUGGUGGUGGAAGAUCAACGUCGUAAUGGAGAGCCUGAACCUGACGCGCAAUCACGAGGGCCCCAUCAUGCUGCUCGAGGAAGACUACUACGUGGCUCCUGACUAUAUCGACGCCGUCCGGUUACUCCUCUCCAAAAGGCGCGCUUUUUGUGGCGAGAACACGUGCCUUUGCAUGGUGGGAAACAACGACUACGCUUCCAAAAAGUCACUCAUCGACGCCGUGGAAAUACGUCCGUGGAACAGGAGCACCAACAACAUCGGUAUCAUCAUGACACGCGACUUGUGGAAGGACAUUCGGGCGUGCUUCAGCGAGUUCUGCAUGCACGACGACUACAACUGGGACCUGACGCUGACUGCGGUGGCCAACAAUUGUCUUCCCGCCGGCAGCCGCACCGUCAGUUUGAGGGUCAGCAGGGUAUUCCACAUCGGAGAGUGCGGCGUCCACAGGCGUCCCAAACAGUGCCGAGCAGUGCUUCUCCGCAAGGCUCUACGCGUGAUUCCCAAGGAAGGCUUCGGUUCUGAGCGCAUGCGCAAUCUGCGGCCCAUCCAUCCACGCCCAGUAAGGCUGCCCAAGGUCAGCGGGGGAUGGGCCGACGUCCGAGACCAUCAGCUCUGCGUCAAGAUGACGCUAUGGGGAUCCUAGGAAUCCAUACAGCCAUCCU